AUGAAUACUGUGAUGAAUAAUAGAACGAUUCACCAUGAUGACAAGCCUUUUCCUGGAUGCUUGGGAAGAACGGUUAACCUUUUUGAUUUGACUACUGCUACUACUGUCAAUGGAAACAAGCUUCUCACCGACAAGCCACACCGUGAUCAUGCAACAUCUCUUUCAAGAAGUCAAUCUGAUGUUUCGAGGAUUGCAAGUCCUUCAUUUGCUGAUCAGAUAGAAGAUAGGCCGAUUGUUUCUAACUUGACGAGAGCAUCUUCAAACAAAAAAUAA